AUGUCUGAUAACGUCGGACUCUCGACACCUCGCGGUAGCGGUACGUCUGGCUAUGUCCAGCGCAACCUUGCACACAUGCGCCCGCGCGAUUAUGGCGCGCCGUAUCCUCCCAAGGACGCCGACUCGCUGCGUCACAAACAGCGCCAGCCCGAUAAGGAGAUUCUUGAACACGACCGCAAGCGCGAGGUCGAGGUCAAGGUUCUCGACCUGCGGGACACCCUCGAGGACGAAGGGUCUCGAGGAAGAAGAGGUCGAGCAGCGAUGCGACGAGUUACGCAAGAAGCUCCUUGCGGAAUUGGAGAGCAAGAAGAACACCCGCGGCGGUCCCGGGCCAGUACGCAAGCAUUUCAAGAGUCACCAGGUUCACGAGAUGGCAGAUGCCAAGAUCAAAGAGAGCGAGAGGCUCAGAAGCGCGCUGAGGAUAAGCAAGGACUACGAGGAAGGAAGUCAUUGGAGACGGCAGGAGGAGAGGAUGAGAAAUGCCUUGGAGAAGGACGAGAAGAAGGAUGA